GCUUCAUAGGUUUGAGUAGUUGAGGUGGCGUCCAGGAGGAGCAGUGAGAGUCAGUGUGGGCUGGUACUGUCCCAGUCAACAGUCAUCUUCUACAGUCUCUUGGAAUUUCCGUUCAAAAUGGGCUUCUACACAACACUUCUACUGCUUCUACCUUCACUAGUUGCGGCAGGAAAGCCAUCAACUCAGGGAUGCUGCUUCGGCACUUCAACUCUAAAACACGGAGAAGUAGCACUCAGUCUUCCUUCCUGCUGCCUCUCGCUAGUCUGUGAGAACGGACUCAUUCAAAAACACUUCGUCGGCGGCCCAGGAGCCUCUCAAUGCUGUGAAUUCGAUGGAUUAAUGUAUCAAAACGGCUCGAAGCUGGUAGCUCAGUGCAUCCCCUUAGUGUGUGUGGGCGGUGCCUGGACGCCAACUCAAAAGAUUGAAGAAUGCUGUAAACACUGCUACUUGUACAACGACCCACACAUUAAGACUUUCGACGGUUACUACUACAACUGGAAUGGAUUGUGCAACUAUUCUCUUGCCCAAAGUGACUUCAGCUACACUCCGGAAGUUGGGGUCUACAGUACCUUCCAGUUCUGCAAAGGUCACGCUUCAUGCCUCUCACAAACCACCUUUAAGGACAACGCUCAUACAGUGAUCACAAUUGAUUGCAGCUCGACAACCUUUGAUGUAAUUGUCAAUGGCGAUAAAUACACUGUACCACAAACGGGUGUGGCUAAUGUUCAGUCUUCACAAGGUGCUCAACCAGUCCUGACAUGGAGAGAGACUGAUUGUAUUUACUUCCUGGGGUCUUCAAAACUUGUGAUUCAACACUGCCCUGGUCGCCUCCACAUAUGGGCCUACCCCAGCCACACUAACCACCUAGACGGCCUGUGUGGUCACUUCAACUUCUACGAAGUGGAUGACUUCACAGACAGACACCAGCACGUCUAUCCACUCCAGUCCUUUCCUCUGGCUUUCCCAGAGUCUUGGCGGACCCGGCAUCAGGUUAAUACCCAUUGUUUACACUGCAACGGCUGUGACGCUCAAACUGCAGUGGACCCAUGUCAGCCAGCACCACUGAAGGAAGACUUGGCUCAGUGCCAAAGCUUAAUGAACCCCAUUAUAGGCAGGGACGUGGAGCUGGAGCCUCACGUUGAGGCGUGCGCCUGGGACUUGUGUAUGAUGCGAAGUACUGGAGCCACAGCCUCUCAGAUGUCAGACUGGCUAAUACAGCUUCAGAUUAUCCUCCAGCAAAUCAAGCUUAUCUUCGCAAGAACUCGUGAUUCAUGGGUGCCACAUGGUCCUCCUUCCUCCGGCACUUGUUCACCCGGCUCCUCGUGGAUGACAAACUGCAACAAUUGCAGCUGUACCAGCACAGGCACCCUAGCUGCUUGCACAAAAUUGUUGUGUAUAUUAGGUUACAAGCACCCACUGGGUACAAACUCGUGCAAGGACGGCUCGUGGUGGAUGAAGGACGAGUGUAAUUGGUGCGAAUGUGUCCGUGGUGGAGCAAUCUGUACCUACAGUAGCUGUACAGCUUCAGACUCUCCUCUAGUUCCAGUAUGUCCCUUCUUGGCCUGUCAAGCAAAUUGCACCAAAACCUGGAAUCCAGAUACUGGUUGUUCCACCUGCUUUUGUCCCACUGAUAAUGGCCCUGUCACUGGGAUCGCUGACCCACCCGUUGCCCCAUGUCUUCCCAUAGACUGCCCCCGCACAUGCCAAGUAGUCGUUUCUGCAGCAACUAACUGUCCGACUUGCAACUGCGAUUGUCCAAUAGAUCCAUCUACUUACUUGCCGCUGUGCCCACAAGAUUGUUCCAUAAUCUACACUAAAAAUCCAGAGACUGGAUGCGAAGAAUGCAUCUGUGAUCCAGAGUACCAGGAUUACCACCCUAAAUCUACGCUUGUAUAUAAUUGCCAGGACAAUGAGUUAAGUUGUCCAGAAGACUGUGAACGCGUGCGUAACAAAGAUACUGGAUGCGUUGACUGCGUAUGUCAAUAAAUUUCUGGAAGCAAUAUUUGUGCCGAUAUUUAAUACACAGAAAUCUUAAA